CGGCCCUCCCACUGCGCAUGCGCACUCUCCUCCAUCUUGUUCGCCCUGUUGCGGCCGGACAGCGGUGCUUUUUAUUCACGCGCAAAGCCGCAUCCGCUCAGCAAUAAACGGCGGAAAGGGACGCGCGCGGACGGACAGGAGCAGGAGUGGAAAUGUAACCGAAAACGCGCGCGAAGGAAAACAGAGCAUCUCGAGUUUGUGCAGGAAAAAAGCUGCCGAAGUUGAAUGAUGAGGGAGUAAACCAUCAUUUAGACCCGAACCAGAACCACUAGAACAUCGCGCGUGCAAUGGCUGCUGGAGAAAUGUGCUACAAGAUGAAGCUCCUGAAGCUGCUCCUGCUCUUCUGCAUCCUCACCCUGUGGAUAGACGGAGGAUUCGCCAAAGAAAAAUCAACUAAGAAGGGCAAGAAGAAAGGCAAACAGGUGUACUGCCCCUCGCAGCUCUCCUCAGAAGAUCUUGCCCGGGUUCCUGCUAACUCAACGAGUAACAUCCUAAACCGCCUCCUGAUCAGCUACGACCCCAGAAUCCGCCCUAACUUCAAGGGAACUCCUGUAGAAGACCGGGUCAACAUUUUCAUCAACAGCUUCGGCUCCAUCCAGGAAACCACUAUGGAUUAUCGCGUGAACAUUUUCCUGCGCCAGCGCUGGAACGAUCCGCGUCUCCGCCUCCCUCAGGAGUUUAAAUCCGAGUCUCUGACGGUCGACCCGAAGAUGUUUAAGUGUUUGUGGAAACCCGAUCUGUUCUUCGCCAAUGAGAAGAGCGCCAACUUCCACGACGUCACGCAGGAGAACAUCCUGCUCUUCAUCUUCCGAAACGGAGACGUCCUCAUCAGCAUGAGGUUAUCGGUGACUCUCUCAUGUCCUCUUGACCUGACGCUUUUCCCCAUGGACACUCAGAGAUGCAAGAUGCAGCUAGAGAGCUUCGGCUACACCACCGACGACCUGCAGUUCAUGUGGCAGUCAGGAGAUCCUGUACAGAUGGAAGAAAUCGCUCUGCCACAGUUUGAUAUCAGGCAGGAGGACAUUGAAUACGGAAACUGCACCAAAUUCUAUGCAGGAACCGGUUACUACACGUGUGUGGAGGUGAUCUUCACCCUCAGGAGGCAGGUGGGCUUCUACAUGAUGGGCGUGUACGCUCCUACGCUGCUCAUUGUCGUGCUCUCCUGGCUCUCCUUCUGGAUCAAUCCGGAUGCUAGUGCUGCUCGCGUUCCUCUGGGGAUUCUGUCGGUUCUGUCGUUAUCUUCAGAAUGCACUUCUUUGGCGUCAGAGCUUCCCAAGGUGUCAUACGUGAAGGCCAUCGAUAUCUGGUUGAUUGCUUGUUUGCUGUUCGGCUUUGCGUCGCUGGUCGAGUACGCCGUGGUGCAGGUGAUGCUCAACAGCCCCAAACUGCAGGAGGCCGAGAAGGCGAAGAUCGCGAGCCGAGAGAAAGCUGAGAACAGAGUGACGACAAAACUAAACACUCUGAAUGGAGCAGGAGGAACACCACUACACAUCAGCACUCUACAGGUGACAGAGACGCGCUGUAAGAAGGUUUGCACGUCGAAGUCGGAUCUGCGUUCGAGCGAUUUCAGCAUUGUCGGUUCUCUGCCGCGAGACUUCGAGCUCUCAAACUUUGACUGUUACGGAAAACCGAUCGACGUCGGAAACCUGACGGGAAAAACGCAGGCCAAGAACAGCAAAAAACCUCCGCCAGCGAAACCCGUCAUUCCUUCUGCCGCCAAACGCAUUGACCUGUACUCCCGCGCCCUCUUCCCCUUCUCCUUCCUCUUCUUCAACAUCAUCUACUGGUCUGUAUACCUGUGACCCACUGUCUAUCCUUCCCUCCAUUCAUUUAUCCAUCCCUUUACCCCGCCACCCAUCAUCUAUCCAUCCAUCCAUCUAUUCAUCCAUUCAUCCAUCCAUCCAUCCAUUCUUCCAUCGCUCCAUCCAUCCAUUCCUCCAUCCAUUCUUUAUUCCUCCAUCUCUCCCAUCUAUCUUUCUAUCCAUCAAUCCUUCUAUCCAUCCAACCCUCUAAUCUAUCCAACCAUCCCUCUACCCAGCACUCAUCCCCAUCUGUCCAUCACAAACCUCAGGCUUCAAACAGAACAGUUCCACACACACACACACACACACACACACACACACACACACACACACACACACACGUGUACAGAGACGGGGGGAAAAGAGCGCUUAUGGAAGAUGAGGUUAAUAUUUGACUUGAGUUGAAGUUAUAAUUUUAAUGUAAAUACACAACGCUUUUAUUUCUAAUCUAAGUUUAUUUGAUUGAUUUAUUCGAUCAAUGCAUUUAUUUAUUCUGAAAAUGUAUUAUUUAUGCAAAUCUAUUUAUCUGCACAGUUACUACGGAAACGCAAUUACUCUCCCGCAUGUGCUAAAUGUAUGAUAUAAAAAUUAACUAUCAUCAUAUAACGAUAUAUUUAUGCUCCUAAUGUUUAUUUUUGGAUCUCUGCAUCCCCUAAUGAUGAUGAUGAUGAUGAUGAAGAUGAUGAUGGUGAGCUUGUUGGUCUUGUACAGAAGAACACUGCCAUACUGAACUGUGUUGUUUGAUGAUCUUUCCAGCAUUUUCAUGAUGUGUAAAAUCUCCAGCUAUUCCUGUGAUUGUGAAAAUUUACCCGACAAUAAUAAAAUGAACAGGACCAACGGCUGUGAAGGCCACGCC